AUGAGAUAUUAAUAUCAUUUAAUACUUAUUCAUACUUUGCUUCUCUAAAUUAUAGUUUGUGAGAUAAAUUAAUGUCUUAAAAUAAUUAUGGAACCUGAUGAAAUAUUUACUACAAAAAAAGAAAGUAUUUUAAUUGUAAAUAGUGAUGAACAUGAUUAUGAAAAUAUAAAUUUAGAGAAUUACAAAAUCAUACAAGAAUCAUAAAGAAUUAAAAAAUAUUAAAAAGAAGAAAUCAUCUAUGCAUAGAUAAUAUAAAUAAAUGGUGCUUUUUAAAUUUUCAGCAAAUUAUUUUGUUAGUUUUCAAAAUCUGAAUAUUAUUUUAUCUCAUGUAUAAAGAUUGAAGAUUCAAAAUAAUAUGAAAAUGACAAUGUCAUAGAAUAAAAUACAUUUUAAAUAGAUUCAAACAUCAAAGAUGAUCAUACAUGUGAAGAAUUUUAAUUUGAAUAAAAUUCUGGAUUCAUAUUAUUUUGCUUCAAAGAUUUCUAUUUCAAAAUAUAUAUCAUUAAUUUUGAAACCAAAACAUAACUAUUAGAAUAGGUUAAGAUAGAGAAUAGCAUGUAUACAUUGUGCAAAAGAAAAAUUUUCAAAAAAUCUGACCAUAAUUAUAUAAUUGCUUUCAUUUAAUGCUAUAAUUGGGGAGUAUUUAUUUAUAAUAACAAAGAAAUAAAUAUUGUUCUAAAUGAAAAAAUAGUAAAUAGUAAUUAUUCUUAACAAAUUAACUUUCUUGAGAAUUUUGAAAUGUGUUAAAAUCUGUUGAUUGCGCUUCUUACAGAAACUAGUUAUUAUCUAUUUAAAAUUGAUUAUUAAAACGAGUUUGGACUAUUAUUUGUUACAAAUGAUCAUUUAAAUUCGUUUAUACUUUCAUAAGAGAACUGCUAAAUAAUAUAUAAAAUUAAAUGGAUUUCCUCCCUUAAUAAGACAGUAAUCUAAAAUAAUAAAUAUAGACAAGAAUUUGAAGGUACCCUUUUAAAUUUCAAAUUGUUUUUGGAUAUUCUUUUUGUUUAAACUAAUAACUAACUUCACGUUAUUUUUAAUAAAGAAUUAAAAUAAGUAAUAAAUAUUAAUAGCUCAAAAUUUUAUUUUGGUAUGUAAAACUUAAUAUAUUAAAUUGAUUAAGUUGCUAAUGAAAUAGUAUUUUAUAGGUUUUCCUUUCCCAGAUGUUACAUUUAACCUACAAAGAAAUAUAUACACCUAAUUGUGAGUUAAUCUUAAGCUUUUAAUUAUCCUAUGGCUUGCUAUGAAAUUACUUAUCAAGCAACAAAUGCCUAAUUAAUUUAAGAUUAUGGUCUUAAAAAUAAUUGCGAAAAAUAAUUUUUUUUCUUAUUUAGCAAGAAAUAAUUAAAUUUAAUUAAUGAUUAUCAAAUAAAUUUACUACCAUUAACCUCUUCUAAUUUAAAAAUCAGUAUUUUAGAUAAAUCACCAUUUAACUCUUUUUGUAGAAAUUUAAAUGAUUAAGUCUACGAAGAAUAAACCUUAUUAUAUUAAGGAAAUGAUAAUCAAUAAUCAUAUUCUUUAUUUAAAACAAAAAAUUACAUUGAAAUCAAAAGUUGUAAAGAAAAAUUUUAAUUUAAAAUUCAAACUUAAUAAUAUUAGGUAUUAUAAUACCGAAAUUCAAUCCUUUUAUGGUAGAAGGAUAAUAGAAAAUUAAAAUAGAUUAAAUUAUAAGUUAUUCAACCAUUAAUUAUUGAAUAUAAAUUCAAAAGUGAAAUUAUUAAUAUUCUUUAAUUUUAAGACAUAAUUAUUAUAUUAACUAAAAAUUAGGAUGAACUUAAAUUGUUUGAUCUGUAAACUUUAAGUGUUGUAAUCAUUGAUUAGAAUAUUUAAAAUAUUUUGCAUAAUUUAAAUCAGAAAUAUCUUUUAGAAAAUUAGCAAUAUGAAUAGUUUCAAGUAUUUUAUUUUUCAAAAUUUAAUUAUUAAGUAAUUCAAUUAUUUCAAUAUUUGAUAAUUUUUAUUAACUCCGAAAUUAUUAUGAUUGAAACUGACUUUAUUUAGAUAGUUUUUACUAAAAUAAUCAUAAAUAGUAAAUGUUACAUAUUGGGAAUACAUCUUAUUAAAAAUUAAAUAAUUGAGUAAAUUUUUAAUGGGUAUUAAAUAUUAACUUUAAAAAAAAUUAAUCUAGAUAAUUAUGAAAUUAUUAGACCACUAUUUUACUAAAUUGAUAAUGAAUAUUUUGCGAUUGCUACUCGAAAUUCUUCAAAAACCUUCAUAAUCGUAUUUGUCAUCUAAAAUAGAUUACUACUAAAACAAAUUAAAACUAUUGAAAUUGGAAGAGUUUAAUUUUUUUUCUAGGACUAAUAUUUAUUCUUUUAUGAUUAAGGAGACAAAAUUUAAAAAUUCAAUAUGAGAGAUUUUGAGAUUUCAUUAGAAAUCAAUUCCUCUUGGCAAAAUUCACUUAUUAGUCAUGAAUAAAUUUUUUUUCAAGUUAUUCCGAUAGAUACUAAAGCUGAUAGAAUUAAUUUAGAAAUCAAAAUUUAGAUCUAUAAUGAAUGCUUUUAAUUAUUCUAAAAAAAUAAUCAUGUCCUACUAAAAUAUAAAAAAGAGAAAAAUUUUAGAAUAAAUAUUAAUGAUUAUAUUUUUGGUCCAAUUGAUAAUAUUUAAAUAAUAAAUAAUGAUAAUUUUUCAAUCAAAGGACCAUUGUUACUUUCUGAAUAAAUCAAUAAUAAUGAUAUUCUCGAUGGAAUUAAAUUAAAGAGUAUUUAUUUGGGAUCUGUUUUACAAGAGUUAGAAAAUGUAAUCAUAUUUUAAACUAAGAAUAACUCAAUAGUAUUAUUCAGAUAAAUAUAGGAACAUUUCUAUAAGAAAGAAGAAUAAUUAUAAAAUAUAAUUUCAAUAAAUGACUAAUCUUUAUUAUUUUUAUUUCUUAAUAAUAAUUUUUUUGAAAUAAGAGGAGUUAUUUAUUCGAUUAAUGAAACAGCUAUGCAAUUAAUUGCAUAACCUAUAUAUGAAAUAAAAAUAAAAAUAUCUCCAAAUUCUAGCUAUGAAAGCAUGAAAACAGGAAAUUUAAUCAUAAUUAAAGAUUCAUUCACUUUACAAUUAUAUUAAAUUAUCCAAUCGAAAAUCUAUUAGAUCUAAAAUUUAAUUAAUAUAACAGAAAUUCUUAAAAUUAAAGGAGAUAAUCAACUAUAUAUAUCUCUCAUAUAUUAGGAAGGAGGAUAAAUAUUAACAUUUUAAAUUCUCUCCUUAGAUAAGAGUCAAUUUUAAUUGGAAGGAGUAGCUGAGCUUUCAUAGUAAACUAUUGAUUUUGCUCUUAAAAAUUACAUUCAAAUAAAAACUAACAAAUAUUUAAAUAAAGACUACAAAUUAAAUUUAUUAGAAUGUACAAUUGAUGGUGAAAAUCUAUAAUUAACAAUUUUUCAGAGUUUAAGGGGAAUGUCAAUCAUUAGUGAAAUUUUAAUAUAAAGGAAGAAUCUCGAAGUCCAAUUCAAACCAAUAAGGAUUUUAAGAAAUUUUGAGGAAGAAAAUCAUAUGGAACUAUAAUAUUUUAGUAAUCAUCAUUUAAUUUUAAAAUCACACUCUUUUAUUUACUUUUAUGAUUUAAAAGAAUCAGAUAUUUUAGAUUAGAUUGGAAGACGUUCUAUACUCCAAUAAUACAUUUAUCAUCAAAUAAAUACUACUCAUUUUAUUGUUUUUUAAUAUAAGAAAGGUGGCAUUUUUAUUGGGGAGAUUGGUUAUCAAAUUACAAUCAAUGAUGAAACUUAAAAUAAUGAAACGUUUACAUUAUUAGCAGAAAACUAAGUAUCAUCAAUAUCAUUAUAAAUAUUUCUUUAAGUGUCUGAUGAGCAGAGCUAUAACAAAACUGCUUUCAGAAUACUCUUUUUCAUAUUUGCAUUAAUAUUGAUUAUUUAUUAUUUUAUUCGAAGAAUGUAAUUAAAGAAAAAAUAGAUAAAUAAUUAAAAGCACAUUUUUAUCUAUUAAAAUAAUUCAGAAUCAUGA